AUGCUGUCCAAGGCUAUCGUAUCUGCUGCCCGAACGGCGUUGCAACAGGUGAGUUCCGCCACUACCCUGGCUGCUGGGUUCCCAAAGGUCGCUUCACGGCUGCCUACUAAGUAUGGCGGUGUAUAUACUGUCACCCUCAUCCCCGGUGACGGUAUCGGCACGGAAAUCACCGACUCGGUCAAGCAGAUCUUUGAGCACGUCAAUGCUCCCAUCGAGUGGGAACAGUAUAACGUCUCUGGCGAGACUGCCAUGGGCGAGAGCCUGCUGGUCGAGGCGAUGGAGAGUCUGAAGCGGAACAAGGUUGGGUUGAAAGGUAUCCUUUUCACCCCCAUGGACCAACAAAGCCAUCCCUCGUGGAACGUCGCUAUGCGCAAACAGCUCGACAUCUAUGCCUCCGUUGUCGUCUUCAAGACUGUUCCGGGUGUGCCCACAAGACACAAGGACAUCGACUUUGCCAUCAUCCGUGAGAACACGGAGGGAGAGUACUCUGGUUUGGAGCACCAGAGCUACCCCGGUGUCGUUGAGAGCUUGAAGGUAUCUACACGUGUCAAGGCUGAGCGCAUUGCAAGGUUUGCAUUCGACUUUGCCCUGAAGAACAACAGGAAGAAAGUCACUUGCGUGCACAAGGCCAACAUCAUGAAGCUGGGUGAUGGUUUGUUCCUGAAUACCUUCCGGAAUGUUGCCGAGACAUACUACAAGCACGCCGGUAUGGCAUACAACGAUAUGAUCGUCGACAAUACGUCUAUGCAGCUCGUUGCUCGCCCACAACAGUUCGACGUCAUGGUCAUGCCCAACCUUUACGGUGCUAUUAUAUCCAACAUUGGUGCUGCCCUGGUAGGUGGCCCUGGGAUUGUCCCUGGAUGCAAUGUUGGUCGUGAAUAUGCCCUUUUCGAGCCUGGUUGCCGGCACGUUGCUAAGGACAUCAUGGGCACUAACCGCGCCAACCCCGCUGCCAUGAUCUUGUCUGCGACAAUGAUGCUGCGUCAUCUUGGGCUGGACCAGAUGGCAAACAACAUUGCCAACUCUACCUUCAACGUAUUACAGGCCGGUAUUUCCAAGACCUCAGACAUGGGCGGCAACGCCACGACCAGUGAUUUCACUAACGCUGUCAUCAAGAACUUGUAA